AUGCUUAAGUCACCGCUUCCGGGCAAGUCGAUUGUGAUGCGAGACAAAGAAAACAACCGAUCACGCAAAUGGAGGGAAAUGGCUAGACGGACGACGAGGUCCGGAAGGGGAACUCCAGCCGGCAAGGGCGCUGGCGUGGAAUGGAAGUUCGACACCAACGACCCAAAGGUCAUUAGUAGAACCUGGAAAGGGAUCCCGGAUUGUUGGAGAGGAGCUGCAUGGCAUGCAUUCCUGACUGCUAGCGCUACAUCGAGGGGGAUCGGAAAGCCUGAUGAUGAAUUGGUCAACAUCUACAACGAAUUACUUGAGAGGCCGUCAUCGGAUGAUGUGCAGAUUGAUCUAGAUGUACCGCGAACCAUCAGCUAUCACAUCAUGUUCCGAAGGAGAUACAGGGGAGGGCAGCGUCUGCUCUUCCGGGUGCUUCAUUCUCUGGCACUCUACUUUCCCGAUACCGGAUAUGUGCAGGGGAUGGCGAGCAUCGCGGCCACGCUGCUAUGCUACUACGACGAAGAGACGGCAUUUGUGAUGAUGGUGCGAUUGUGGGAACUGAGGGGGCUGGAGAAACUGUACCAGCAGCCUGGGUUUGACGGGCUAAUGGCGGCACUGGAUGAGUUCGAGAUUGGUUGGAUGAAGGGAAAUCAAAUCAGCAAGAAACUUACCAGCGUCGGAAUUGGCCCCACUGCCUACGGGACCCGUUGGUAUCUUACGCUCUUCAACUACUCGAUUCCAUUUGCCGCACAGCUCCGCGUAUGGGAUGUUUUCAUGCUUCUUGGGGACCCCGAUACCAAGAUAUCGGGCACCCACUUCAACGGGACACUAGAUGUCCUGCACGCAACUAGUUCAGCCAUCCUGGAUGGUUGCAAGACCAUCAUUCUUAGAUCAGAUUUCGAGGACGCGAUGAAGAAUUUGACGAGCUUCAUACCGGUCAAGGACGAGGAUCUCCUGAUGAAGGUGGUUAGGAGCGAGUGGAGGGCCAGGAAACGGCGGUUUGGACCUAUUUUUACUGGACGAACCACGACGACGACCACGAUGCCACGAGACACAUGCACGACAACUUAG